AUGCCUAAGUCGAAGCGCAACAGAAUCGUGAACCUGACCCAGGUCAGCAAGAAGACGCGCGAGCAAAAGGACAAGCUCUUUGCCAACAUCCGCGAAACCGUCCCCGAGUACCAGCACUGCUUCGUCUUCGCCGUCGACAACAUGCGCAACAACUACCUCAAGCAGGUCCGCCACGAGCUUACCGACUGCAGACUCUUCUUCGGCAAGACAAAACUCAUGGCUAAGGCCCUCGGCCAAGACCCCUCCUCCGCCGUCGCGGACGGCAUCGACCGCCUCACCCCCUUCCUCUCCGGCACCGUCGGCCUCCUCUUCACCAACCGCGACCCCAAGGCCGUCCUCGAGUACUUUGAGGGCGUCUCCCCCGUUGACUUUGCCCGCGCCGGCACCGUCGCCACCCGCGACUUCGUCAUUCCCCCGGGCGUCGUCUACGCCACCGGCGGCGAGGUCCCCGCCGAGCACGACGUGCCCAUGGAGCACAGCAUCGAGCCCGAGCUGCGCCGCCUCGGCAUGCCCACCCGCAUGAUCAAGGGCCGCGUCUGCCUCGGCGACGCCGACGGCUCCUCUGGCGAGGGCUACACCGUGUGCAAGGAGGGCGACACCCUGGACAGCAGGCAGACGAGGCUGUUGAAGCUGUUCAGCAUCUGUCUGAGCGAGUUCAAGGUCCAGGUCAUGGCGUACUGGAGCGCGGCGUCAGGCGAGGUGACAGAAGUCAACCCCAACGCCAUGGAGGCCGACAGCGACUAA